AUGGAUACUAAGGUCACCGGUAUCAACCACUUCGAAGAUGUCGACAAACAUCACGAUCGAGCAGGAACAUUCGAAGAGAACCAUGGAAUCAUCGUAUCUCGAAUGGAGGAAGCAUUGGCCCAAGAAAACCCGAAAGCACUGCGAAAAAGCUUUAUCAAAUUAUAUGCCUGCAUAUUCGUGGCAUAUCUCUGCUGUGCAACGAAUGGCUUCGAUGCCAACACUUUUGGAGGGCUUUCAGCAAUGCCAGGCUUCGUAGACUACUUUGGCAUCAAUAAGAACAACCAAGGCCUAGUAGCAGCAUUGUAUGUCAUCGGCAAUGUAGCGGGCUCCUUCGUUGCGGGUCCAUGUUCAGACAAAUACGGUCGCAGAGCAGGAAUGGCCAUCGGAUCCGUGAUCUGUGUGAUCGGAGCAGUGGCACAAACUGCUGCCCAGAAUUUGUCGGCACUUGAGGCUGGAAGAUUCGUCCUGGGCAUAGGUGCUGUUAUCGUACAGACGGCCGGUCCUAGUUAUGUUGUCGAAAUCGCGUAUCCGAAAUAUCGAGGUCAGCUCACCGGCGGAUAUCAAGCCUGCUUCUUCUUGGGAACCAUUAUUUCGACUUGGUUGGAAUACGGUUUGUACUUUUGCAAGACUUCAUCUUCGUUUGUUUGGCGGGUUCCUUUAGCUGUACAGGCUACACCUUCAUUGGCAAUCCUCUGUUGUGUUUGGAUGAUCCCUGAAAGUCCGAGAUGGCUUCUAGCCCACGAUCGGUUGGAAGAAGCUAGCGAUAUCUUGGUUAAAUACCACGGAGACGGCAAUCCCGAUUCAAUCGUAGUCAAAGUUGAGCUUGAGGAGAUGAUGGAAGUCAUCAAAAUGGAUGGUUCGGACAAGAGGUUCUGGGAUUUCAGAGAGCUAUUCAACAGCAGAUCCGCCAGGUAUCGGACAUUCUUAGUGACCUGCAUUGCUUGGUUUGGAGAACUCGAUCUGCCACCCACCAGCUACUACUUCCCUUUGAUGGCCAAGACUGCCGGUAUAACCAGCGUCCAGACUCAACUUCUGCUGAAUGCUCUGCAAACACCUAUCAUGAUGAUUGCCGCUCUCUGUGGACUUCGGUUUGUCGAGAAGCUCGGACGCCGGAAGGUGUUAAUGGCGUCUUCUGCUGGAAUGUCGGCAUCAGUGGCAGUCAUAACUGCAUGUACUGCCAAUCAAGCUGGCAAACCAGCUGUCGGCGCAACAGGAGUCGCGUUCUUAUACGUCUUCCUAGUUGUCUUUGCCUUCGCUUGGACACCCAUGCAAUCACUGUACCCGUCUGAGGUGCUGGCAUUUUCGACUCGUGCCAAAGGAUUGGCAUAUCUCAAUUUUAUGAACAACGCUGUUAAGGUACUCAACACCUAUGUGCCUCCAGUGGCUAUCGCCAACAGUGGCUACAAGUUCUACAUCUUAUACAUCAUUUGGGAUGCCUUUGGAGUUAUCGUCAUAUAUUUCUUCUUUGUCGAAACCAGAGGUCGCAGCUUAGAAGAACUGGAUGAGUUAUUUGCGGCGAAAAAUCCCAGAAAGCAGAGUUACUUCCCAGCAGAACCGCAAAAUGUCACAGUGGUGAAAUCCCAAAUCCAAGACGGAGUCUACGUCUCCUAUAAAGAGCCGGGACUAUGUGAGACAACACCAGGAGUACGAUCGUACGCCGGCUAUGUCCACCUCCCUCCGGGCGUCGUCGACGACUUGGGUGUCUUUCAAAACUACACUAUUAACACUUUCUUUUGGUUCUUCGAGUCAAGAAAAGACCCUGAGAAUGCUCCGCUUUCGAUCUGGAUGAAUGGUGGUCCAGGUAGUUCCUCGAUGAUCGGAUUGCUACAAGAAAAUGGACCCUGCAACGUUAAUUAUGACUCUAAUACGACUACUCUUAACCCAUGGUCUUGGAAUAAUGAAGUCAACAUGUUGUAUAUUGAUCAACCAGAUCAAGUUGGUCUCGGCUACGAUGUUCUGAGCAACGGCACACAAGAUUUAUUGGAUCCAUCGGGCGAUGUUAUCAUUGAGGAUUUCUCAGGUGGAGUUCCUGAGCAGAAUACCACAUUCCUGGUCGGCACCUUCCCAAGUCAACUGAUCAAUUCGAGCUCCAAUGGUACAACGAACGCUGCCCGAGCUCUCUGGCACUUCUCACAAGUCUGGUUCCAGAAUUUCCCCGAGUAUAAACCUAAUGACAAUCGUGUCAGCAUCUGGACGGAAUCCUAUGGUGGGAGGUACGGACCUGCUUUUACGGCAUUUUUCCAAGAGCAGAAUGAAAAGAUCGCCAACAAGACCUGGACCGAUGCAGGUGAAACGUAUCCAAUCCACCUUGACACUUUGGGGAUAAUCAAUGGCUGUGUCGAUCUGCUUACUCAAGAACCUAGUUAUCCUCACAUGGCGUACAACAACACAUAUGGAAUCGAAGCGAUCAAUCGAACCGUCUAUGAGGCUUCCCUGGCUUCUUUCGACAAGCCUGGAGGGGUUCGAGAGUUGAUCGAGACAUGUCGGCGACUUGCGUCGGAAAGCGAUCCUGAGAACCAAGGCAACAAUGUAACGGUCAAUGAAGCAUGUGUAGCAGCAAGUGAUGCAGCUUCGGCCAUGGAAGCACCGUACAGCGAGUACUCUGGUCGCAACUACUACGACAUCGCCGCCAUUGAUCCUGAUCCAUUCCCUCCAAACUACUAUAUCGGCUGGCUCAACCAACCACACGUCCAACAAGCCUUGGGUGUGCCCGUGAACUACACGAAUCCCGGAGGCAAUGCCCCCUACUACGGGUUUCAGCUGACGGGCGACUACGCUCGGGGAGGCUAUCUCGAGGAUCUAUCAUCUCUGAUCGAAGACGGCAUCAAAGUCGCCCUCGUCUACGGCGACCGAGACUAUGCGUGCAACUGGAUCGGUGGCGAAGCGGUCUCGCUAGCUGUGAAGUACUCUCACUCCCAGGAUUUUGCAUCUGCCGGGUAUGCCAACAUCACCACGAACUCGAGCUACGUCGGUGGCCUCGUCCGACAGUUCGGCAACUUCAGCUUCUCGCGUGUCUUCAACGCCGGCCAUGAAGUCCCAGCAUAUCAAGCCGAGACAUCGUACGAGCUCUUCAUGCGAGCGACAUUCAAUCGCGAUAUGGCUGACGGCACGGUCGACACAGCCGGGAACCAGAGCUAUAAGACGACGGGUCUCGCGGAUACAUGGUCCGUCAAGAAUGUCGCCCCGGAAAGUGAUCCGCCUGUGUGCUACACUUAUUACCCCAUUGGGACUUGUACAGAUGAACAGCUGGAGAGUGUGAUCGACGGCAGUGCGGUGAUACAGAAUUACAUUGUUAUGGAUGAUUACUCGUCCAAGCUGUUCCCAGACUUGGCGAACAGGACAAGUGGUGGGACGGCUGAAGCAAACGGGACUGAGAGUGGGAGUGGUGGCGGAGGUGCGAGUGCAAGCCCAACGUCAGCUGCUGGUGGAAACGGAGGAAAUCACUUGCGAAUACCGAACAUGAUGAGUUUGGUCUUUGCAAGCAUUGCUAUGUUGGCCGUUUUGAUAUGA